GGCGUGCGGGGCCUCUGCCUUCGUUACACCUAAAACCAUUAUUAAACAGCGCACAUGUCAGUGGUCGAUGUUCGAAUUGACAUAAAUUAAACCAACACAUUGGUAUCAAAACCGGGCAUCUCUUGGCCUGACUGACAAGGCGUGUCACAGUAAAAUAUCGCCAGAUUUAUCAUGCGGAUUCUUAUUUUACGAGAAAGCACCGGGCUGUUUUCUUAUUUAGAAUUUAAUUGCUAUAAAUUAAUUCACCUGGUGCCCUAAAUUCGACAAAUUACCCAGCUGAAAUGUGAACUCUAACUGCGUGUUUUUUUUUUUUAAUGCAUUCAAUAGCCAGUAUAGAAGCAGACCGUCGACACGCAAAAAAACAUCCUCCCGUGAAGUAUGCGCUCACAUUCCCACACACUGUACUACACAUACAGCACACACACCAAGCACAUAUGUGCACCGACGCCCACACCCAGCCAUGUACAUGAACGUGCACGUGCACAUUUUUUUCCUCCAUCAUAUCCAGGAGCAGGUUUAGCUGUUGGAUGCAUCAAUUGAAUUUCAGUGUGUGAAAUGUGUUAUUUGUCGCAUGUCGGAGCUCCAUGACGCUGCUGAUUGACCGCUGCGUGUUGCGUUGAGGUGCGGUGCGCUCUGCCCUGCUGCUGCUGCUGCUGCAGGGGGAGCGUCCGUCCACUGCUUUAUUUGUCUCCUGGCUGCUCCGUCUCUCCACAUCUAAUCCCAUUUGCAGGACCACUGAGAAACAGAUUCAUUAGGAAGAGCGACCUCCGUGCGGGCAGGAGGUGAAACCAUCCCGCACGGUGCGUGUUUGGAACUGAGAACACAAGGGAUGUCAUCGUGAAACAUAUCCAGCUGUAUGAGGAUGAUGUUUCUUUCCUUGCAGUCUUUUGCACGACAAGAUGGGGAAGGCAAUUACUUAUUUCUGUGACUGUCUACACGGUUUCUGGAGAUGCAGGUGCCUUCAGAGGAUGCCCUUUCACUGACUGGAUAGAGGCAGUUGGGUUUUAGGAUGCGCUCCCUGAGAAAGACGGUGUUGCUCGCCAUCCUGGUGUCUGUGGUGCUGGUACUGGCCCUCCUCCAUUCAUGGCCCACACGGGCUUACACCACGGUGGACGUGUGGCAACGAACGGGGCCAAUAGCAGAGAGGCAUCUGGAGGAGAGGCUGCUAGAACCAGACCACCGAUUAGGCAACAUCCCCUUUCGCGUGAGGGAAAGUGUGGCAAGCUUGUUGGCGCGUAACGGAUGUGUAUGCGAGGGCGAGAGUGGAGGAGUUAACCUACCCUUCGCCCAACUCUUAUUCCCGCGGGUGUCGGCUCACCCGCUGCACACUGCCUUCGAGGCCUCUGAGCUGGAGGAGAUGAAGAGGAGACGGGCCAAAGAGUACAAGAGUUUCCAGAAGAGGUCACAGACUCCUGCAGACGUCCUCAUCAUUGCAGAGGCUAACAAUCCCUUACAGUAUCCAACACAGGGCGUGGAGAUACGACCCCUGAAAACAAUCAUCAUCCCAGGCUUGGCCUUACACGACCUUCCAAGAGACCACUUCUCAAUAAACAUCACUGCCACGCUGGGAACGCUGAAUGUGGCAGCGGAGGUAGACGGCGUGAAAAUCAAAGGUGACGGCGAGAUGCACAUGACCCUGUCGAGCAGCAUCCUGCUCAACCUGAACCGACAGCUGCAGUUUGUCACCUACACAAACACGCUGUUCCACCCGAGCACAGCUGACACAGUGCAGUUUGAGACCGAGGGGCAUCAAGCUAUCUUCAGCAUCAAGAUUCGUCACGGUGUAACACCCAAACUGUACAACACAGGAUCCAAAGGAGAGUACAAUGUCAGUGCCCUCGUUACCAUAGCUACGAAGACUUUCCUGCGCUAUGACAAGCUUCAAGAUCUUAUCGACAGCGUGAGGAGAUACUAUCCCACUGUCACCAUAGUAAUCGCUGAUGACAGUGAAAACCCCAAAAGCAUCGCCGGGCCUUACAUCGAACAUUACAUCAUGCCUUUUGGGAAGGGUUGGUUUGCCGGACGUAACCUGGCCGUCUCUCAGGUGACCACAAAGUACGUGCUGUGGGUGGAUGAUGACUUCAUCUUCACGGCCAACACCAAGCUGGAGAAACUGGUGGAUGUUUUGGAGAGGACCACUCUGGAUCUGGUGGGUGGUGCAGUGCGAGAGGCCACAGGUUACACGGCCACCUACAGACAGACCAUCUCCAUCGAGCCCGGGGAGGAGGAUGGCGACUGUUUACACAUGAGGAGAGGGUUUCAUCACGCCAUCCAAGGCUUCCCCAACUGCGUCGUGACUGACGGGGUCAUCAACUUCUUCCUGGCUCGCACCGACAAAGUCCAGCAGGUCGGCUUUGAUCCGCGCCUCGCCAGGGUCGCUCACCUGGAGUUUUUCAUCGAUGGCCUUGGAUCUCUCCACGUGGGCUCUUGCGACGAUGUCAUUGUCAAUCACGCAACCAAAAUCAAACUCCCCUGGGUCAGCCAGUCAGAGAGCGACAAGACUUACGCCAAGUUUCGUUACCCGCCGGCCUCCUCAGACGCCACUCACACGAAAAAUGGCCUCCUGUUCUUCAAAAACCGAUUCCAGUGUUUGACUCAUAAUUAGCUCCUCUCCUCUCGAUCCCAAGGGUUUCUCUGCUCUUCCUGAGUUGCCAAAGAAGUUCUCCCCCCACAUCCUGUCAGAUAAGAUUUCAGACAAACACUUUGGUUUGCCUUUUCUUGAAAAGCUUCACAGGAAGUUUCAGGCUUUACCCUAGAGAAAAUGUGCCAUUAGGGCAAUUUUAGCAUGUUUAUUCAGUCGGUGCAGAGCUCUGCGGCGAGCUAAAAAGUUCUCUUCUGGAGCGGAAACAGCUGUAGUAACAAACAUACUGUCCUGUUUACACAGACCCAGUUAAAUCACAGCGUAAUCUUAAUUAAUUUAAAGUUAUUGAGGGACUUUGUUUGUCAAAUCUUAUCUGGCCACAUAUCCUCAAGUUGCUCUAACACGGAGACCGAGCUUUGGGAACGUCCCACAGGUAGCAUCUCUACGGUCUGAGUCACUUCAUUGUCAUUCUCAUGUGAGUAGAGGUACAUUUGUCCUCCUUCAAUUUGCACUAUCCAAAAAAAAAAGACUGAGCUUGGAAAAGCAAUAGUGACGUUAGAGACGAUGAAGACAAGGAUGACGAAGAGACACUUCCCAGAGAGGGACAGUCCCGUAGACACAGAGCCUAGGUAUCCGUUCUACUGAUGCCACAUGAAGAACGUAUUCAAAACCUUCUCACACGUGGUACCUACGCUCCGUGAUUGACUGGUCGUGCCAAAGGUUUGGCUGCUGGCUUUGGGGUGUUUUUAUCUCUUUGUGUUAUGGUUUUGCUGCCCCUCCUUUUAUCCAGAAUCCUCCGUGUCCUUCCUGAGUGACAAAUCAUGUCUUGAGGAGGAGCGAGCUUUGGUCCCAUCCAUCCAGAGUCACGCCUGGCGGCACCUGAUCUGGGAGCAGUGCUGGUUAUCGUCUGCUACCGUUCCUGAUGUCUCUGUCCAGUGCACGCAGAUGAAUAAAACUGAAGUGAUUUGCAUCUUUACAUGCUGCCCAAAAGGAAAGUUGAAUGAACCAAAGUGCAUGUUUCCAUGGUAUGGGAGGGAGAGAGCACAUCGGGUGAGGAUUAAAUUAUUAGUCAGAGCAUGAGAGGGAAGCUGAGUGGUGCCCGGUGAGACAAAAGUCAGUGAGUCAAGGCGACAUGCUGGAGUCCCAAGGCUUGAAAUCCUGUUUUUCUGCUCUCCCCCUCGGAGAGUUUGUGUUACUCAUGCCUGAAGUGACAAUGCUGUUUUUUUAUACCAUGGCCUUUAGGUGGCGCCCUUGUUUCACUCUAUUGUUUCCUAAUAAGUCAUUUGUUAUUCGCAAAGAGGUGCCAGAGAUUUAUCUACUUUUAUUUCCUGUUUUCUCGAGAGGAAUAUUUUAAAACUAUUUUAUGUGAUGUUUCUGUCAGUCAUGAAUUCUUUUUUUUUUUUUUUUCCUGUCCAUCAAAAUGAUGUUAGCUUCUUCAGACGGGUCAGAAUCAAAUUUCAUCAGUGACACACUUGGAAAAAAAAAAAGAGAAAGGCUCCUGUCUUGUUGUGUGUCCACAAAUCAUGUCUCAUGUUAGCAACUGAUGAAAGAUCUAUUGCUGGGCGGAAAACCUUUAUUUUGUUUUAUUUUUAUUUUUUUGUUCAAACAGUGAUAUUUAUUGUGUUAGCACUGAAAUUUAACUUGCCUGCUUCACCCAAAAGACACUGGUGUGAGACGUCUGAUCACAGCAUUAUGAGCAUUUUUAAAAUUUAUUUUAAAUGUUGACAUAUUAAAAUGUCUGUGGAAACACCUUUCCUUGAUUUCAUU